AUGUCUGCCGCCGAAGGAGAUGCUGCCGAUAGAAAUGUUGAAAUAUGGAAAAUAAAAAGAUUAAUAAAGUCACUUGAAUUGGCAAGAGGUAAUGGAACAUCUAUGAUUUCUUUAAUCAUUCCUCCUCGUGAUCAGAUAGCAAGGAUUUCUAAAAUGCUUGCAGAUGAAUAUGGUACAGCUUCUAAUAUUAAAUCUCGUGUCAAUCGACUUUCUGUCCUUGGAGCUAUCACUUCUGUACAGGCUAGACUGAAAUUAUACAAUAAGGUUCCAACAAAUGGUUUAGUAAUCUAUUGUGGAACUAUAAUUACUGAUGAAGGAAAAGAAAAAAAAGUUAAUAUUGAUUUUGAACCUUUUAAACCAAUCAACACUUCACUGUAUCUUUGUGAUAAUAAAUUUCAUACUGAAGCUCUCCAAGCAUUAUUAUGUGAUGAUAGCAAAUUUGGAUUUAUUAUUAUGGAUGGUAAUGGAUCUUUAUUUGGUACUUUAACUGGAAAUACACGGGAAGUCUUACAUAAAUUUACUGUAGAUUUACCUAAAAAGCAUGGCCGUGGUGGUCAAUCUGCCGUACGUUUUGCUCGUCUUAGAACUGAAAAGAGGCAUAACUAUGUUAGAAAAGUAGCGGAGGUUGCUGUUGAAAUGUUUAUAAAAAAUGACAAAGUUAUUGUAGCUGGAUUGAUUCUUGCUGGUUCAGCUGAUUUUAAGACAGAACUUGCUCAAUCAGAUAUGUUUGAUCAACGUUUACAAGCUAAAAUUAUUAAGACUGUUGAUAUUUCAUAUGGUGGAGAAAAUGGUUUCAAUCAAGCUAUUGAAUUAGCUGCGGAUGCUCUUGCAAAUGUUAAAUUUAUUCAAGAGAAAAAACUUAUUGGAGGUUAUUUUGAUGAGAUUAGCCAAGAUACCGGUAAAUAUGUUUUCGGAGUUGUUGACACAUUACAUGCUUUGGAAAUGGGUGCAGUAGAAACAUUAAUAUGCUGGGAAAAUUUAGAUAUCACUCGCUUCCGAUUGAAAACGGGUAGCGGUGAGGAAAAAAUUGUUCACUUAAGGGCGGGAGAUGAGAGAGGAAAAGAUUUUUUAGAUCCUGAAACAGGAAAUGAAAUGGAAUCUGUUGAACAGAUGGCAUUACUUGAAUGGUUAGCAAAUAAUUACAAAUCUUUUGGAGCUACAUUGGAAAUAGUUACUGAUAAAUCUCAAGAAGGUGCACAAUUUGUUAAAGGAUUCGGUGGUAUUGGAGGUAUUCUUCGUUAUCGUGUUGAUUUCAAUUUAAUCGAUGUAAAUCCAGAGGAAGAUUUUGAUUUAAGUGAAUAUUAA